AUUCCCUGUGUGCCUCGCUACCACUGCCAUCUCUUUUUUUAAAUUUAAGCGGUUCAGAGAGGCAACCCCAUUAAGGCUUAGACGGGAAGUGAUCGUCAAGCGCGGGAGGAAAGGGUUUCCUUUUCCGUGCCCGUCCUCCGUGUAUCUCUCGCCGCCAUGCCGAAGCUGAGCAAAGAGACGAAGCAGCGGCUGCAGCACCUUUUCAAAGGCGGGCAGUUCGCUAUCCGGUGGGGCUUUAUCCCCGUUGUGCUCUACCUAGGCUUUAAGAGAGGAGCAGAUCCUGGAAUGCCUGAACCAACUUUUCUAAGUCUGCUUUGGGGAUGAAGGAUUUAACCAUAAUAUUCUGGAAGUAGCUGCUGAACAAAUAAAGUUGCUGAAGAUUUGUAUGUUCCUGAGGCUAGAGAGGACAUUUGUUGAACUUUUCCACUGGCCAGCACUUCCCAGACUUUGUUGAACAUGCUUGCAACACAAUGGAAUUUCUGUCAAUCUAAUUUAUUUGUGUCACACUUUCAUUUUCUACUGUCAAAAUAAAUGUUUUGUCUGAA